CAUCGUCGCGUUCGGACAUGUUCGCCUAAGCUCCCGCUCUCUCUUGCUCUCUAUCUCUCUGUCUGUGACGCUCUCUCCCGCUCGCAAGCUUUCGUCUCGCUUGCAACGCGUUCGCUCGGGCUCGUUCGCGUUCGUUCGUGUUCGCUCAAGUUCGCUUGUGUGGGCUGAGCUUGGUGCUUCAGUGUGUUUGUGCUUUGUCGCACCGUGUCUUGUUGUUAUUUCUGCCUAGCUGGACAAAAGCUGCGGCGCUGCAACAGCGACGCCGCCGAGAGCAGCGGCAGCGAAGACGCGCUCGCCGCUAAAACGUCGCAAGUAGUCGCGUACUUCCGUCGUUACCGUUAGCACCACACACCACACAAAACGGAGCUGCUAACCGCCGCCAAAACACAUAAAAAACACCGCUUUUUACCGAUUUACCGUUAGCCGUCGCGGCAAUAACUAACUCCCAAAACAAAAACAAAAUAAAUAAAUAUAGAAAAAUUAAAACGAAAAAUAAAAACCGAAAUACAAAACAAAAUCAAAAAUACACACUUUGUGCAAUUUUUUUCAAGUGUCUCGGCGUGUGUUAUCAACAAAAAAUACAAAAUCCAAUUGGUUACAUACACAUACAUACAGCAAGCAGCCUACAAAAAACCAAUUGGUUUUCUUUCUACACAAAUGAAGCCGCGUGCGUAUGUGACAACAACAAAACUGCCAAACAAACAACAAAUCCUUUAAAAAAUAGAGCCCCCGUGCAAAAGGUUCCUAUACUACAAGAAAAAUAGAAGCACAGAUCACAAAAGUCAUACAAAAAACAAGUGACAAGUGUAUUACUAAAACAUAAUUUUUUUUUGGAAAAUGGCAGCCCUAGAAAAGCCCCCAAAAACCAAACUGAAGCUGUCUGAUUAGAAAAUUUAAAAGCUAGAGAUUCCAAUUAGUGUAUGUGUGAUUUUUUUUAAGCCAAAAAACAGAGGAACGUGCAAUAUAAAUAAAUAAAGGAGAGUAGGCCUAAGCUAAAAAAAACAAUAAAUUAUAGAACUUUACAAUAGAAAGCCAAUUGGAAGUUGGCACCCCAGUUGGAAUUGGGAGAUCGGCAGGACAUUGCCCUUCGCUGGGUUUGUGUGCCUGUGUCUGCGAAGUUUUGAAACACCUUCGGAAACUGGAAACAAAAAUGAGAAUUAAAAUGCCCGCGGUUCGAAUUGCACAAGGUGAGUCUAACGGUAAUGGCAGCACCACCAGCACCACUGGCACCACCAGCACCACUAGCACCACAUUGUGCGUCCACCAAAUGUUCCCAGGCAACAUGAUCAGUCCAAGAGCCAAUUCCGACUCCACAGAGAACGAUGCCGUGGCCACACAGGACAUCCUCACGUGCGGCGCCUGCCAGAAGGCGUUCGCCCUCUCGGACAUUGUCAAGUUCAUCCAGCACAAGGUGCUGCAGUGCAACAAGGAGAACUACGGCCAGUGCGCCACCCAGAAUCCGCAGAUGGACCGCGACGCGGAGGAGGGUCGUCCGCUCAGCCUCGUCAACCGCCGCCCCUCGAUCUCCGCCCCCAUUUCCGGCCGCAAGUCCGCUCCCGCCUCGGCAGCAGCGGCGGUCGCAGCGGCAGCGGCAGCAGCAGCGGCGGCAGCAGCGGCGGCGGCGGCCAGCAGCACGGCCAGCGGCUCCAGGAUCCACACACCACCACCGAGUCCGGCGGACCUCCUGGCCGAUGGAGCUAGUAGCACGCCCAAGCGUCUAGUAGACGAGAACGACAAUACCACGCCCAAGGACAGCGAGACGGGCGCCACCACCCUCGACUCGAAUGCCGCCCCCUCCAGUCCGGCGGCCAUAGAGCGCCAAUCCUCGGGCGACAGCAGCUGCGAGCUGGAGGAGCAGGAUCGGCAGGAUCGGCAGGCCAAGGUCAAGCAGGAGCCGUUCGAGGAGGAGGGCGCCAAUCACCACCACCAGAUGGAGGAUGACAACGAGGAGGAGGAGGAGGAGGAGGAGCGCUCGCUGGCCAAGCGGCCCAAAAUGGAGCUGGUCGAUGCCGAGGCCAACACAGUCCACACAGAGCCCAGCAACUACACGUGCUCCACGUGCAAAACCCGCUACACCUCCGCCUGGCGCCUCAUCCAGCACGUGCAGCACUCGCACGGCGUGAAGAUCUACGUGGAGAGUCCCGGGGGAGUGGGAGGCGCCACCCUGACGGUGGCCACGCCCGCCGCCCUCAACAACAGUGCUCUGGCCCUGGCCGCCGCCGCCGCCGCAGCAUCCGCUUCCGGUUUGGCGAGUCCGCAGCCAGCGGUCAGCCCGAAUCCUGCCGCCAAGCGCAGCAGUCCGGUGGCCAUCCUCUCCACCUCGGUCAGCUCCAGUUGCUCCAACUCGCUGGUGAACACCAGCGGUGGCAGCAUCAGCAACACCAGCAGCAUUGGCUCGCCGCAGCAGCAACAGCAGCAGCAACAGUUGCAGCUGCAGCAGCAGCAGCAGCAGCAGCAGGCACAGCAGCAACAGCAGCGUGUGCAUCAGCAACAGCGGGAGAAUCUGGCCUCCGCCAUGGCCGCCGGUAUGCGGCACCAUCCGCUGCUGCCGCCGCCAGAGGCGAUGCAUGCCAAUCCCUUCCAGCUGCUGCGCAUGCCACUGCCGCCGGCGCUUGCCCAGGCCGGAAACGUAGUUCCUACGGUGGCGCCGCUCUUCGGACGCCCCUCGCCCGCCGACCACUACCGCAUGGAGCAGCUGGUCAGCGAGCAGUUUCGCCACCACGGCUUCAACCUGGCCGCCGCCGCCGCCGCAGCCCAGGCGCAGUUCAAUGCGAACGGCCAGGUGGUGGGUGCCGGGGGAUCGGGUGAGCCGCGUCCGCCCUCCUCCAGCAGCAGUGGCAGCCAGCGGGGCUCGGUGCCCCCGGCCUCCCUGCCGCCACCAUCCCUGAGCUCCCAGCAGCAGCAGCAACAACAGCAACAGCAGCAGCAGCAGCAGCAACAGCAGCAGCAGUCCGUGCAACAGCAGCAAUCCGCACAGCAGCAACAGCAGCAGCAACAGCAGUCCGUGCAGCAGGCGCAGCAGCAGCAGCAGAUCACGCCCGGUCUGGUGGGAGGAGCAGGUGGCUCCCUGAAACUGGAACCGCAGCAGAUGGAUUUUUACUCGCAGCGAUUGCGUCAGCUUGCGGGCACAACAAGCCCUGGAGCUGGCAGCACUGUUAACUCGAGCUCGCCGAGUCCUCGACAGAAGCAAUCGCCGCACUUCGCGAGCCCCUCGCCCUCGCAGCAGCAGCAACAUCAGCAGCAGCAGCAGCAGCAGCAACAACAGCAACUGACGGCCAUCCCGCGACCCCAUUCCCUGACUCCGCCCGAGAAACUGGGAGAGGGUGGCUCCGAGAAUGGCAGCCUGGGCCUGAUCCUGGCCAGCACUCCGCGCUCCGCCAGCACGCCGCCCUCGAAAACGGGCGACGUGUCGCUGCAGGAGGCCAGCAACAACUGCUACGCGUGCAGCUACUGCGACAAGAAGUUCCGCUUCGAGAACAACCUGAUCAUCCACCAAAGGACCCACACCGGCGAGAAGCCGUACAAGUGCACCGCCUGCGACUUCGAGUGCUCGCACAUCCAGAAGCUGAUGAAGCACAUGCGGGUGCACCGCAGUCCGGCGGACGAGCAGGACAACCAGGACAACCAGGACGACGGCAGCAAUGCCGACUCGCUGGAGACGAACGAGGCCGACAACGACGAGGACCCCAAUCCCGAUGAGUCGGAGGAGGAGUUGGGCGACGGUGACAACGAUCCGGACGGCGAUGGCGACCUGGAUGGCGAGGAUGAGGACGAGGACGAGCUGGAGGAGUGCGAGGACAUGGACUACAAGGCGGAGGACCUCAGUGUGAGCAAUCGCAUCGACGGCAAGAGCCAGAGUCCCAAGACGACCAGUUCGGGGGCCACCUCGCUGGUGGGCGAGCUGAUGGACAAGUUCGGCCUCUCCAACAUCGCCCAGUACAGUGAGGCCUACAAGCAGGCGCUGCAGGAGUCGGGCCGCAAGGAGGCGGCAGCCGCAGCAGCAGCAGCCGCCGCCGCCGCAGCGGACAACAACAAUCGCGGUGGAGCGGGUGCCCCACUGAGUGACAAGCUGAACGGCCUGCCCGUGGCUGCACUGCGUCUGCGAGAUGAGUUUGCCAAGAAUUGCAACAUGUUCCAGCCGCAGCCGCAGGACGGCGGCGCCCCCUCGCAGGUGCCCCUCUUCAAUCCCUUCCCCAAUCCCUUCGAGCUGAGCAAGCGGAUGAAGAUGGACGGCGGCGACUGGUGGGGCAUGUCCCAGGCCCUCCACCGCAACGAGGCCCUCUUUGAGAACCUCAAGCUGAAGCCACUGGGCCUGGGCGGGGCCAACUCGCUGAUCCAGGGGCCGCUGCUGAAGAAGGAGAGCCGUCAGCGCAACGACACCUGCGAAUUCUGCGGCAAGGUGUUCAAGAACUGCUCCAACCUGACCGUGCACCGGCGCAGCCACACCGGCGAGAAGCCGUACAAGUGCGAGCUCUGCUCCUACGCCUGCGCCCAGAGCUCCAAGCUGACGCGGCACAUGAAGACCCACGGGCGGACCGGCAAGGAUGUGUACCGCUGCCGCUUCUGCGACAUGCCCUUCAGCGUGCCCUCGACGCUGGAGAAGCACAUGCGCAAGUGCGUCGUCAAUCAGGGCAAGGCGGCGGCCGCGGCGAACGCGGUGGCCGCUGCCCAGGCUGCCCAAGCCGCCGCCCAGCACAUCCAGGCGGCCGCCCAGCAGGCCCAGGCGGUCCAGGCCCAGGCGGUGCAGGCCCAGGCGGCCCAGCAGCAGCAGCAGCAGCAGCUGUCGCCCAUGGGCGUGGUCGGCUACCCGCCCCAGUUCGUCGGUGGCCACAAUCUCUCACUGCCGGGCAGCGUGAGUGGUGACAAUGACUCCAAUGCCUCCUCCAGUCUGACCGGCGUCCAUCCCAUUUCCCUGAAGGAGGAGGCAUGACUUUUCAGUGGCUUCCCAGUGCCGCUGGCGCCACCACCGCCCCUGCAGCAGCAGCAGCAGCAACAGCAGUCGCAGUCGCAGCAGCAGCAGCAGAACAGUCGCAGUCGCAUCAUGUCGCGCAUCUUCUAAAGAUACAACCCGUACCCUCAACCCACCCAACACCCC